AUGCAAACCUAUUCACUUGCACAUUCUGCUACCACCUCUCUCCCGGACCGCCACGUGUUCUGGGCCGUGUGCGGCGAGGUCAUCUACCGUGGCGCAGAGUGCGUCAGCCUGGGCUGGUGCUUUUGGCACCGUGCCUGCUACGGUUGCUUGUUCUGCGGGAGUCGCCGCAUUGCGAAGGGCGCUCACGUCGAAGACGUAUAUCGGGACAACGAUGGCGGCAACGAUGCUCCCCAUACAACGCCAGGAGCGUAUACCGGCCACGCCGUCCGAGGCUUGGACAACGCAAAGGCAAACGAGAUACUGGAGAUUCCGCUCUGCGCCAAUUGCGUCGUUGAGACAGAGGCGGACGACAACGGGACCGUCGUGCAGAAGGCGCUUCGGAGGAUUGACAAAGCGGACGGUGGCUUGAGCCGUGAUCGUUGGGGUAAGAAGGACAGAGCCACGCACCAUUACGGCCGUUCAGGAGUCCAUCGUACCACUGGAAAGAUCUCCAGAAUAUCAGGAGGCUCUCCUUCAGAACGCCUUUCCCACCCGUGGCGGAUUACCGCCGACGGUGUUGGAGAUGAUUCUACCGACGAUACAAGUGGCUACUGCAUGGUUCCCCUGGAUUCGACCAUAUACGUUUCUAUUCAUGACCCUUUAGGCCGACCAGCCUUCAAGCCGAGCCCAACCAAACCCAUUCCUCAAUGGAUACAGCCACCCUGGAUGAAACAGCUCCCGAGCCAGCAUCAGCCUUCGCGAGCCGUAGAUCCUCGUCCAACAUCAAUACUCGACGACCAUUUCCAGGACGUUACAUCCGCUUCCGCUAUUCUCGGGAGCGCUUCCGUGCAUAGCACUGCCUGCCCUACGACCACAUUUCAUACACUGAGACACGGCGUCUCACCUAAUAGCCGCAUGGAACGCGCUGAGACUUUUGUUCAUUCUUCGCGCAGUCCCACUCCAACUGAAAAUGACACGGUCCAUAAUAUACCAAGAGGCGCUAGUAUAUCAUUCGUUACUGCCGAGCCCCUUAAGCGCCCAUCUUCACGCGCAGUGAAUCAAAGUCAAAUAUCAAGGAUCAACUCUCCAGAAGCAUCGCGAGGACCUGGCUCUCCGCCUCAUAUAUCAUCGGGUUAUCAGGACCAGGGAAUCGACGACGUAUCGCAGAGGAACUCUUCGCGCCACCACCGCCAUAGACCUCCCUCUCCCAUCAUGAGCGCGCUUUCCCACAUCAAAGGCAAAAUCAGGCGCACCCCACCAUCCCAGAGCAACGAGUACCUUGACCUUUACCAGCCUGCGCAAUCUACCUCUGGGAAGACGAAGACCGCGACUGCCAGUAUAGCGGUCGCUGGUCGUGGACGUGUCCGCCGGAUUGGGAACUGGCGCCAGACAAGGGAGGCUGAAGCUGACACUACAAAGACAAAUCAAUCGAGCGUGGAUCUGGUUCAGAGGUUAGAUCGGAGGCACGGUGGGCAUUUAGAGAGUAGCCAUGUGGAGGGAAGGUCUUCACCUCAGACAGGUUACCUCAAGAGGAGCACUGCCCAGACUGAUCUCUGGAAGCUUUUUGGUCGCAGUGCCGGUGACAGCCAGAAGUGA